AUGGGGGACGGUUCAGCCGGUGGUGCUUCGCUACCGUCGGGUCCCGACGGCAGACAUCGCCGGGUCGUCUACUUCUACGAACCCGAUAUCGGUGACUACGAAUACCGACCCGACCAUCCCAUGAAACCCGUCCGAAUCCGCAUUGCUCACAAUCUCAUUGUCCAAUACAACCUCCCCCGCCACUUCCAAACCGUCCGUCCCUCCCCAGCCACCCUCGAAGACAUCAGACGUUUCCACUCCCACGACUACGUUGAUUUCCUCUCCACCGUCUCGCCCCAGAGCAUCCAAGGCAACACUUGCUACCGUCAGCUCAGGCGCUUCAAUCUCGACCAGGACUGUCCCGUCUUUAACGGCCUAUUCAAUUUCUGUCGGGCCUCCGCCGGUGGCUCCAUUGGUGCUGCCGCAAUAUUGAAUCAUGGCGAUGCUGAUAUUGCCAUCAAUUGGGCCGGCGGAUUGCACCACGCCAAGAAAUGUGAGGCCGCGGGCUUUUGCUACGUCAAUGAUAUCGUCCUCGGCAUUCUCGAGCUUCUCAAAGUUCAUAGGCGUGUUUUAUAUGUGGACAUUGAUGUCCACCAUGGGGAUGGUGUGGAGGAGGCUUUUUACACCACUGAUAGAGUGAUGACCGUGUCUUUUCAUAAGUAUGGGGACGAUUUCUUCCCAGGCACUGGACACUUAUACGACACCGGGUCGGGUCCUGGGAAAAGUUAUGCCCUACAUGUCCCAUUAGGGAAUGGAAUGGACGAUGAGAACUUCAAUGGACUGUUUCGAGUCAUUAUUCAGAAAGUCAUGGAGGUUUAUCAACCUGAUGCUGUUGUUCUACAAUGCGGAGCUGAUUCCUUGUCUGGUGACUUGUUGGGUCCCUUCAACUUGUCUGUAAAAGGCCAUGCAGAUUCGCUUCGUUUCCUCAGAUCAUUCAAUGUUCCUCUCAUGGUUCUCGGUGGGGGAGGAUAUAAAGUUCAGAACGUUGCUCGUUGCUGGUGUUACGAGACAGCAGUAGCAGUUGGAGUGGAACCUGAUAAUAACUUGUCUUACAAUGAUUAUUAUGAUUGUUUUGGCCCAGAUUAUACUCUUCAUGUUGAUCCUCCCUACGCGGAGAACCAAAACGCACCCGAGGAUCUGGAAACGAUAAGGAUCCUGGUACUGGAUCAACUGUCCAAACUUACCCAUGCGCCCAGUGUGCCUUUUCAGACCACACCAUCCACCAGCGAAGUUCCAGAAGAGGAAGAAGACGACUUGGAUAGAAGACCAAAACGUGGCCUUCUGAGUGGUGAAGAUUCCGAUUCAGAUAUAUGAUGAGGAGGAAGUUAAUUCUUAAAGCUAAAAUCGGCCUGCCCAUAUUAAGAGGUACAGAUAGUAAAUAUUACAAGUCCCUUUAUAUAGUAUGAGCAACGUGGCAAUCAUGCUGGAUUCGGGCCUUGUGCAGAUAAUAAACUUUUCCACAACCAUGCAUGUGCAACUUGAUUAUUUUUGGGAUUGUGCCUAUAACAAGUAAACAAUUCAUCCACCUCCCAGUUAAAUCAUGUAUUCAUGUAUAAUUAACCCCCAGGCCUUAGCACUAUUAGAUCAACACUUGAACUGAUUAAUGAACUCAACUUCUGAUCAAUCAAGCACUAGCGGGAAAACCCAUGGUAAAUCAUGGAGCUUCAGAAUUAGAGGAUUGCAAAUCUGCAAUAGAAGAGAACCUUGGCCCGCGACAAAUGAUCAAUUGACAAUUUGAGAGAAAAUGCAAUUUACUUGAUAGUGAUCGUGUGCAAAUGAAUUGGAUUUUUUGUUGUGUUUCAUGUAAAGCCAAGAAAUAUACUCUGUACAUCACGGAUCUUGUAGAUAAGAGGAAAGAAGAGAGAUGCGCGGGAAUGCUUUCUUAGUUUCUUGCUGAGAUGAUGAUGUUUCUGAGUUAACGAGAUCAAAGUACUUCACGCCAGUUUAGAGAAGUUGUUAUUAGGAUUGUUGUAAAAACUGAUCAA